CCAUCACUGGAUCCACUCGCACGCGCACUGCGCGAGCUACGCCACAAACCUUUAACGGUUUUUGUAUAAAAGCGCUCGCGGAGGAAAAGUGGAGCGUUAACACCGGCAUCACGGUACAACCAGAGAUCUUUUUCCCUGUUUGUUUGUUCUGUUCAUUCAUUCAUUUAUUUAUUUUAACGGACGUGAUAAGAGGAAAAAACUUAGAGCUCGCGCGCUGAGAGAAACUUUUUUGGCAGCCCGAUGCUGCGCGAGACGGCGGUUGAACCGGACGCACGCGCAUGUGUCGCCUGACAGGAUUUGUAAAGAUGUGAUUUCGGAUAUUAAUAAAUAUAUAUUUUUUAUUCUGUCGACGACAGUAAAGCUACAUUUUAACCGGGAGCAGUUUGGGAUCCGGCUGAAGCCUUGUACGUUCAGCGCUCCGGUUUAAAGCGACUACAAACAAAAUGGGAAUUAUCCUUCCCAGUGCCGCAUGCGUUCUUCUCGUCCUCCAGAUGUUAUGGUGCUGCAUAUUCGGCCAGUGUGUAGAGCCGAGUGAAAUCUUCAAGCUUAAUCUUUCAGUGACGUACGACCUCCCUCACUUUGUCUCAAACACACCUGUCCAGAAGCUUCUAGUUUUCAACGGGAGCGUAUAUGUCGGCGCUACCAACGUCCUUUUUGCUUUAUCUGGUGACCUGCUGAAGAAAGUAGAUGAUUAUCAGACCGGACCUGUUCAUGAUGGCCCACAAUGCAGAGCUUGUGAAGGCUGCGCAGGCCAACCUCCCAACGCUAAUAACACCAGCAUGGCCCUGAUAAUGGAGACCUACUAUGACCCCGAGCUGUUCCUCUGCGGCUCGGUCGGGAACGGCGUCUGCAGCCGGCACCUGCUGGAAGACGGGCAGCUAGACGUCGAAGUCGACUGCAUGGGUUCCAACAACAUCGAUGACAGCCGAUACGUCGCCGGUCCGGCCGGGACGCAGGUCGUGAACGUGGAAGUCGGUAGAGUCGUGAGGUUCUUUGUCGCUAAUUCCGAGCCUCUCGAUCCGUUUCCGUCUCCUGCUCCACGCCUUCACCACACCAUCUCCGUAAGGAAGAUGUGGGAAACCCAGGACCGCUUCGAGUUUGUUUCUGAGCAGUCUUACAUGGACCUGAAGCCGGCGCUGCGUGGGAAUUACCCUCUGCACUACGUUUACUCCUUCCACAGUGGCUCGUAUGUUUAUUUCCUCACCGUCCAGCGCGAGAGCAGCACCUCUAGAGCUUUCCACACACGGAUUGUCCGGAUCUGCUCCUCCGACCUGGAGCUUCAACACUACGUGGAAAUGCCCUUCGAGUGCAUCUACUCUGAGAAAGGCAGACGGAAACGUUCGACCCAGAUGGUGUUCAACGUCCUGCAGGCAGCUCACGUGGCCAAAACCGGUAGCAACCUCCGCAGGGAGAUGGGCUUUAAAGAAGGAGAAGACGUGCUCUUCGCCGCGUUCGCCAAGAGCAAGCCCAACUCCCCCGAACCCACAGCAAGUUCCACGGUGUGCGUCAUCUCUGUCGCCGAAAUCAACAACUUCUUCAAGGACUUCAUGAGGCAGGCUUUCACCAAGCCGCUCUACCACCUAACUGGAGCCAAGAUGAAGUCCUACAACCAGAGCUCGGUUGGUGAUUCCGUUGGCUGUGGGAAGCACGACAAAGGUUACAGGUUGGAGGUUAAAGGAACCAAUCCACGUAAAGACUGGUUUAACGGCCGCUUCAGGAACGUUCUCCUGACCUCCAUCGCUGUGGUGCCUGUGCAGGAGCACACAGUGGCUACCCUGGGGACUGCUGAUGGGAGAGUCAUCCAGGUGGUGGUUUCCCGUUUUGGCAACACAGAGCCGCAUGUGAACUUCCUCUUGGACACGCUCCCCGUCUCCUCAGAAGUCGGCGUGUUGUCUCCACAGAGCCCGGACGCCUCCUUACUGCUGGUCACAGGAAAGAAGAUAUCUAAGGUGCCUGUAAUCGGACCUGGUUGUGAGCAGUUGUUAAACUGCAGCUCCUGUCUGCUCGCUCCUGCCUUCAUGGGCUGUGGUUGGUGCCGGAACAGGAACCUCUGCACACGCUCACCUCGGUGCACCGGCUCGUUCUGGAGCCAAGAUUCCUGCCCGCUCCUCAUCUCCGAGAUCAUUCCUAAAACAGCUCCACUGAAAGGCCAGACCAACAUCACGAUCUGCGGCAAAAACUUCGGCUUCAGCAAGAAAGACCGCUUUGACGCCAGGCUCAUUGAAGUCGACGUGGCUGGAGCGAAGUGCAGGCUGUUGGAAAAAGAAGUCAGCAGCCAUCGAUUGAUUUGUAGCCUGGAUCAUGUGAACGUUUCCAAAUUCGAUCGCUCUGUCCGAGUACGCAGCGGGAAGGAGGAAGGACAGCUGGAGGGAUUCUCGUUUGUGAACCCUGAUAUUAAAGGAAUCAUUCCAGAAUUCGGUCCCAAAUCUGGUGGGACCACGUUGACCAUUAAGGGCUCGUACCUGAACAGUGGAAGUUCACGAAAGGUUACGAUCGGAACUGGUACCUGUGUGGUGCAGAAUUUAUCAGCCGACAUGCUGACGUGUCAGACUCCAUCUCAGGACUCACCUUCCCUGCACAAGCUGCAGCUUCAUAUCGACGGAGUGACGGUUCAAGCUCCGUCCAAUUACACCUACAACGAGGAUCCUCUCAUCCACAACGUACAGCCCACGCGCUCCUUCAUCAGUGGAGGCAGCACAGUGAUAGCGUCUGGCGUCUACCUCCACUCAGCCAUGCGGCCUCAGAUGGUCCUCAGCGGUCCUCCGUUCUCCAAGGACAAAGAGGUUCAUGUGACCUGCGCUCAGAGUGAAGACAAACUGGCCAUCGUGUGCAUCACUCCAUCGCUGAAGGGCCUCAACCUUCGUCCGCCGGUCGCCACCAAGAUGAAGUUCGUGCUCGACGGCUUCUCGACACGCCAGUACGACUUGACCUACGUGGAGGACCCGAAGUUUGAUGAGUUUCAGAAGCCUACUCUUACUCCCAGAGGAAGCAAGAGUGUGCUGGAGAUUAAGGUUCCUCGCGUGGACGUGGAAGCGGUAAAGGGGGAGGUGCUACGAGUGUCCAAUCGCUCGUGCGAGAGUGUAGUCUUGGUGGGAAACACACUGGAGUGCACGGUGCCCUCUGAACUCCAGAGCGCAUCCAGAGAGCUAGAGGUGGAGUGGAAACAGGCCUCGUCCUCCAUCAACCUGGGCCGUGUAGUUUUGGCCCAGGAGCAGGACUACAGGCCGCUGAUCGCCGGCGUGGUGUGUGUGUCCAUCCUGCUGCUCUUCCUGCUCGCGCUCUUCGCCUGGAUCAAGAGGAAGAAGCACAUCGACGAUUUAACUGAGGGGAUGGUUUGGUAUGACGGCCGUGCACACAUUCCACACUUGGACAUGCUGGCAAACGCGAGGAGUGUCAGUCCCACUAACGAAUUGGUGUCUCACGAGUCUCUGGACUAUAGAACUACUUUGCUUGAGGACCAGAACCUGCCGAUGUCUCCGAGCGAGACGUGUCGUCCUUCGCCGUACAUCCGCACGCACGUGGACCUGUCCUCCGUGCUGGGGGCAGAAGGAGACCUGUCUUCUCCCCUCCUGCCCGGUUCUGCCCCUGUGGAUCUGAGCUGCCUCCACCCUGAGCUGCUGAAAGAGGUGCAGCACGUCGUCAUCGCCAGGGAAGACCUGCUCUUACACGUCAACGAGAUUAUCGGAAGAGGACACUUCGGCUGUGUUUUCCACGGGACCCUGCUAGAGCCAGACGGCCAGAAACAGCACUGCGCGAUCAAGUCACUAAACCGUAUCACAGACAUAGAAGAGGUGUCCCAGUUCCUGAAGGAAGGAAUCAUCAUGAAAGACUUCAGCCAUCCCAAUGUUCUGUCUCUUCUCGGAAUCUGCCUGCCCAGUGAAGGCUCUCCUCUAGUGGUGCUUCCUUACAUGAAGCACGGAGACCUGCGCAACUUCAUCCGAGACGAGAGUCACAACCCCACCGUGAAGGAUCUCAUGGGCUUCGGCUUGCAGGUAGCCAAAGGCAUGGAGUAUCUCGCCAGCAAGAAGUUUGUUCACCGAGAUCUCGCAGCCAGGAACUGCAUGCUGGAUGAGAGUUACACAGUGAAGGUGGCUGACUUUGGCCUGGCCAGAGACGUGUACGAUAAGGAAUACUACAGCGUGCACAACAAAAGCGGAGUCAAGCUGCCAGUGAAGUGGAUGGCUUUAGAAAGCCUUCAGACUCACAAGUUUACCACCAAGUCCGAUGUCUGGUCAUUUGGGGUGUUGCUAUGGGAACUGAUGACCCGAGGAGCCCCGCCCUACUCCGACGUCAACUCCUUCGACAUCACGGUUUUCCUCCUGCAAGGACGAAGACUGCUGCAGCCGGAGUUCUGCCCUGAUGCCCUCUACAACGUGAUGAUCGAGUGCUGGCACCCCAAACCGGAGCGGCGCCCCGCCUUCUACGAGCUCGUCUCGCGCAUCUCCGCUAUCUUCUCCAGCUUCUCCGGAGAGCACUACAUCCUCCUGAACACCACCUACGUCAACAUCGACAAGAUGACGCCCUACCCUUCUCUCAUCUCGUCUCAGAGCCAGCUGGACCGGGACUGCUGCACCUGAGAGCCGAGACGGAACACACACACACACACACACACACACACACACACACACGCACACACACACGCACAAAACAGGAGGACAAGGAAGGGAGGAAUGCUGUCCGGGAUGACUGUAAAGGGAGGAAGCUGAUUAUCUGAUUGUCUUUAUCACUGUAGAUAGAGUAGAGCGCUCUGCAGCAGGAGGAGGUUUAAUCCCUCAGAGCCGCCGCCGAUGCUGAUAUGAACUCGAUUAGAGAGACUGACAGACACAGAGCAGCUCUCAGGAUGUCGUCUCUCACACAGACUUUAUUAAGAGCCUGUGGAGGAGUCCAGGAACAUCUGCACACUUCUGGCAGGACAUUACAGCAGGACGGGACUCUGUCCGCCGAACACUGGAUGGCGUGAUGAAAUGUUACGGUAGUUUGUAUGUAAGGAGGCUUCGACGUCGUUACUGAUAUCGAUGCCUGACCUGUUAAGAUAUCAGACUUACAGCUGAACAGAGACUGAAAAGCUUGUUCUGUAACCUUACACUGUCCACCCAAUGUCAUAUACACUUUACAGCCAAAAGUAUGUGCACCCCUGACCAUCACACCUACGUCAAAUUGUAGCAUAAAGUUUGAUUAACACAAUUAUAUCAAACGCCUCUGUGUGCUGUAGCUUUAGGCUCCAGUGUGACAAAGCUACUGAGCUCCAUGAAGACAUGGUGUGGACGUGAAGGUUGGAGUGAAGAACUUGAGUGUCCUGCACAGAGCCCUGACUCUGGAGGCCUGACUCUGGAUCCCUGACUCUGGAGCCCUGACUUUGGAGCCCUGACUCUGGAGCCCUGACUUUGGAGCCCUGACUCUGGAGCCCUGACUUUGGAGCCCUGACUCUGGAGCCCUGACUCUGGAGCCCUGACUCUGGUGCCUUGACUCUGGAUCCCUGACUCUGGAGCCCAGACUUUGGAGCCCUGACUCUGGAGCCCUGACUCUGGAGUCCUGACUUUGGAGCCCUGACUCUGGAGCGCUGACUCUGGAUACCUGACUCUUGAGCCCUGACUCUGGAGCCCUGACUCUGACGCCCUGACUCUGGAGCCCUGACUCUGUCUCGACCCCACUGAACACCUUUGUGAUGAACUGGAGUCUCCUCAACAUCCCGACAUCGGGGUCUGAUCUCACUGAUGCUCCUGUAGCUGAACGAAUGAACACAAAUCACAGCUUCGCUCCAACAUCUAGUGCGAGAGAAGCUUCCCAGAAGAGAAGAUUGGAGCUGAUUAUAACAGCAAACACAGAGGGAAUAAAUCUGGAAUGAGAUGUUCAGGGUGCACAAACUUUUAAACUUAACUAAAAGUUUAAUGAACGCGGUUCUCACGGCUGUUGUUGUCACAGCUCUGAAAAAGUCUUACGGACGCAGCACUAAUCGUGUUUCUUUUCUUUUCACUUGUACAAAUAAUCACGUUAUGGACUAUAGAAGCUUACACAAUCUCUCACCACAACACAAUCUCUGAUCUUAAAGAAAUCCCGAUGAUUUUUUUUUUUCUUAAAGUCAGUGUGAAUCUCUGUGACGUAUGAAUGUGAGUUAAAGUUCCCCCGAACGUGUAAAUACUGUCCGAUCUCGUGUCUGAUCUGCUGUGUUAUUAAUUAUAAUGUAAAUAUUAUACACAGACUGAUGUAUUGUAUCAUAAAGGACUCGGUGGAUAAAAAGUUCUUCACUGUAUAUUGUACAGAGAUGGGGGACUCGAGUCAUAUGACUUGACUCGAGUCAGAAUUAAGUCGCAAAUUUGAGACUUGCUUGACAAAUAUUAAAAAAAGACUCGACUUGACUUUGACUUGACAUUCAUGACUUGAGACUCGACUCGGAUUCGAGUUAAAUGACUCAGAGAUGGGGGACUUGACCUGACUCGAGUCAGACUUAAGUCGCAAAUUUGAGACUUGAGACUUGCUUGACAAAUAUUAAAAAAAGACUCGACUUGACUUUGACUUGACAUUCAUGACUUGAGACUCGACUCGGAUUCGAGUUAAAUGACUCAGAGAUGGGGGACUCGACUUGAGACUUACUUGUGUCUUGCACAUGUGUGACUUUACUCCCACCUCUGAUAUUGUAGCAGGCGACUUCCUGUCCACACACACGACUCUCACAGUGGCUCUGUGUGAAUAAGGUACAGAUAAUGUCUUGUUUUUAUUCCUUGUGACUUUGUUUAAUAAAGUUCCAUCAUCAGCG